AUGAUGUACACGCCUGCCCUUCUCCUGGCGGCGGCCACGGCCGUCUCAGCCGUCGCCGUCUCCGUGGAGAACACCGCCACGGCCGCCAGCGAUGUCUACGCUGCCCAGGCCACGGCCGCGUCGCGCAGCCCCGUCACCCACGUCAAGGGCAAGGCCUUUGACCGUCUGGCCAUCAUCUGGCUCGAGAACACCGAUUACACCCUUGCUGCCGGUGACCCCAACCUGGCCUUCUUUGCCGAGAAGGGCAUCAAGCUGACCAACAACUUCGGCGUCACACACCCGUCCGAGCCCAACUACGCCGCUGCCAUUGGUGGCGACUACUUUGGCAUGAACAACGACAACUUCAACUUCAUCGACGCCAACGUCAGCUCCGUCAUCGACCUGCUCGAGGGCGCCGGCAUCAGCUGGGGCGAGUACCAGGAGGACAUGCCGUAUGCCGGCUUCGAGGGCUUUGCGUGGGUCAACCAGGAGACCCAGGCCAACGACUACGUCCGCAAGCACAACCCGGCCGUGCUCUACGACCAGAACACCAACCAGCAGAAGCGCCUGGAGCAGAUGAAGAACCUGACGGGCUUCUACGAGGACCUGGCGGCCGGCACCCUGCCCCAGUGGAUGUUCAUCACCCCCAACAUGACCUCGGACGGCCACGACACGUCCGUCACCGUUGCCGGCACCUGGACCCGCACGUUCCUCGAGCCCCUGCUCUCUGACAAGCGCUUCAUGGACAACACCUUGGUCCUCAUCACCUUUGACGAGAACUCCAGCUACAGCAUCCAGAACAAGAUCCUCGGCAUCCUGAUUGGCGACGCCGUCCCCGCCGAGCUCGUCGGCACCGAGGACGACAACUUUUACAACCACUACAGCGAGAUCGCCACCGUCGAGGCCAACUGGGACCUGCCCACCCUGGGCCGCUGGGACGUCGGUGCCAACGUCUACAAGGUCGUGGCCGACAAGACCGGCGACAAGCUGCGCACCUACAACCCCGACAAGCUGGCCAAGCACUACUACAACGUGUCGUACGACGGCGUCUUCAACAGCAAGCCCACCUUCCCUGUCUACCCCAAGCCCAACCUGUGCCUCGAGCACCACGGCCGCAAGGUCGCCCAGAGCGUCCAGCGCAAGUGGUACGGCAACAAGAACCCCUCCUACUACAAGAACACCGUCGAGGUCAACGACGGCCUCAACCCCCCUCACCAGUACGGCUUCGGCCAGUAA